UCUUUUGUAUUAUAUUUUAUAACGAUGAAUAAGCCAAAGGAGCAGCGCAUGAGUCCCAUGGGUUCUUCGGGAUCGAGUUCGAUGCGUUCGCCGGCAACGCGCGAGCGUCGGGCCGUCGUGGAGGCCUACGAGGGAACCCAGCUGAUGCCGGACGAGGCCAUGCUGCCGAUGCCGCCGCACAAUAUGGCGCGCAGUCCGAGCCUUCUGCUGCAGGAUACGCGGCAAUGGCUGAAACGCUGCCAGAGCCUGUUGCGCCUGCUCAAGCGCAGCGGCUAGAGGAUAUUCGUUUCUAGUUAUUUAUGAUAUUUCGCUGUUGUGUGUUUGGUUGGCCGUUGCCAGCAGUUACCGUUACUUA